ACGAUCGUUUAGUCCUUCGGGAACAGUAAAUCCCGCGAGAUCAGACAGACUUUUUAAUAGUUCGCGAAUCGUGAACGCCGCGAGAUCGCCGAUCGUGUCUUCUUCUUAAAAUUGCGACCAAAAUAUCGGCUAGUGUAGAAUUGUGUGACUUCUUUGAAAAGAUCAAGAACCGGAACAUUUUCUAUUGCGUUGAUAUAUUAGUCUUUCUUAAAUUUAAAUAUUUCUUCAGAUAAUUAUCAACCGUUAAUAAACGAGAAUUAUUGAUAUCAUCGUGUUGUUACAGUCUUUUGUGUGCGCGUCGCGAGCUUCCUCUCUCUCUCUCUCUCUCUCUUUCAAGAUCAAAAAGGAGAAAACCGCGAGCUUUUGGAUGCAUCUUGAAACGAGUUCAUUCUUAGAAUGAACUAGCGAAAUUAACACGUACGAGUUAAGUUAAAUACAAGUUGAACAUCACCGUUUCAAAUGAAUCUCACCGCACCGCCGGCGAUCGACAGGAUGUCUAACAUUUACAACAACUCUAUAGUGCGAUUCUGGGAUUUUAUAUUUCAUGAUUUAUCCGAUCCUCGGACCCACGAUUGGUUCCUAAUAUCCUCACCUGUGCCGGGCGCUAGUAUCAUAAUCUGUUAUCUCUACUUUGUACUGACAUGGGGCCCGAGACAUAUGAAACAUCGAAAGCCAUAUCAAUUAAAAAACAUCUUAAUCGUGUACAAUUUUUGUCAAGUUCUUCUUAGCACGUGGUUGUUUUGGGAAGGUUUGGACGGUGUGCUUCUUCAUAAAGAUUACAGCUUGAAGUGCGAACCGGUGGACUUUUCAUACACGCCACGUGCAAUGAGGAUCAUAAGAGGCGUUUAUAUUUAUUUUCUGGCGAAAUUUACGGAACUCCUUGACACCGUGUUCUUUGUUUUGCGUAAGAAAGAGAAGCAAAUCACGUUUCUUCAUAUGUACCAUCACACCGUGAUGCCGAUGAUAUCAUGGGGCGUUACCAAAUAUUAUCCCGGAGGUCACGGGAUGUUUGUAGGAAUUAUCAACAGCUUUGUGCACAUCGUCAUGUAUUUUUAUUAUUUACUGGCCGCGUUGCUACCUGGCCACUUGCAUCGGCAAUAUCUCUGGUGGAAGAAAUACAUUACCACUCUGCAAAUGGUUCAAUUCUGUCUAGCUUUUCUGCAUAGCUGUCAACUGCUGUUCUACGACUGCGAUUAUCCAAGGAUAUCGCUCGUGUUCACUCUGCCAAACGCGAUAUUCUUCUACGUCAUGUUCUCAGACUUCUACAGAAACGCCUAUACCUCAAAGACGGAAAGCGACGCGUCGUCGAUUCAGAACUCAAUCAAGGCAAACGAAUCCGCGGAGAAAGUGAGCGACGAGAAGAUACCAAACGGAAAAGGGAAAAGCGACUAAAAGCGGGAAAAAUCGAGGAAAGAGAUGACGACGACGUUUCCAAUUAAAACGCGCGCCGUAAUCAUUUUCAUUCACCCGAUAAUUGCAGUCUCCGAUUCCGUUUAAGGACGUUCUCCGAAUUAUUGAUUUUCUUAGGAUUUUCUUUAAAUUCGCGAUAUACAUAGUUUAUGAUCUUAUUUUUAUACGUAGCCUUUUUUGGAUAAUAGAGGUAGCAAUGUUAAAUUCCAAACUAUGGAAGAUUUAUAUUUCAAUUUUUAACAUGGAUUUCCUAUGCUGAGCCUUUG